AUGCGCUGGCCAGAGCGCGGGAUGCUUCAGACUACUUUGAGUACGCAUUCGCGCUCGGCGAUUCUGGCAUCCUCGUCGUUCGCGCGCUGCCACAUCUUCCAGGCAUCAGGCACUUCAACAAAGUUCGAAGAACUUGGCGAUCGCUUCCUUCUACGGCAGCUCGCACGUGUCUAUGACGUCUUGGUGGCCAAAACGAUCACAUGGUUCACCAAGGGAGCUGCCACGUACAACCUCUCUGCGGUGCAUGCCUACAAGGUUGAUCCUGUCGAUCGUGGAGCUUGGCAGAACAACAACAGCAUGACUCUGCGCUGCGUGGAGCCCAAGACGGCCCUCUGGCGCCUGCGAUGCGGCGCGGCCGCCUCGAGCCCGAAAGCCAUGGCGCGCCUUCCCGCGCACAGGGCCCGGAACGCGGAGACGCGAUGCAAGGGAGUGCAUCUACAAGCGACCGACGCGGAGCGCGUGUACAACAUCCUCCAGUGGUACGGAACCGUACUGGUGGACAUGCGCCCCGGCGACGUGCCGCGCUUGGCCGAGAGCCUGGUCUGCCCCGACGCGCCGGCGCUCGCCAAAUUGCCCCUGCGCGAGGAUGCGCUGGUCAUCGGAUCCCUCCCGGCGGAGGCUGAGGCCGUGCUCCGCGGGCGUGUUCUGAAGUGCGUGUACACCGUCGACCCGGGGGUGGUGGAGCCGCUGCUCCGCAGCUUCGCCGCGCUGGGCGCGCCGCCCGCCCAGAAGCGCGGCGUGCUGCCCAACGUGAUCGGGCGGCUGGCGGUCGGGCACCAGGGGCACGCAGCGAAGCUGGCCGAGUGGGCCAGGCACCUGAGCAUCGUUGGGGUGAUCAACCUCGCACCCAAUGUGGUUGUUAGCCUGCCGGACGCCAUCCCGGACAGCUCCUUCUACCACGAGGUCUGGCACCCUGACGCAGGGCCCUUGCGGGACACCGCGGACGACGGCCGCCGGCUUUGGGACGUGCUGCCGGCGACGCUGGAGGCUGUGGACAGCGCCCUGGAGGCCAACCCGCUGGGGCGGGUCUUCAUCCACUGCCAACAGGGGCGAUCUCGGGCAGCCUCCAUUGCAGCCGCCCAUCUCCUGAAGCAUCAUUGCAGCUGGACGCUCUUGGACGCAGUGGCUUGCCUGGCUUUGCGACGACCCGAGACGGAGAUCAACGAAUCCUAUGCUCAGGUGCUGGAGGACUUCGCGAAGUCCCUGGGCAGGGCGCCGUCCCUGGAUCAGCUCCGCCAGGAGCUUCCCAUGCACCUGCGCGGGGGCGGCGUGGCGCGAGACUGGCGGGACAGGAUGUUGGACGAAUGA